GCCGGCCCGGCGUGGGAGCCGCCGCAGCGAUGGUGCAGGAGCCGGGCCCGAGGCUGGUGGCCGAGCUGCUGCUGCGGGCGGGGGCGGCCGGCGGCAUCCUGUGCCUCUGCUCCCGCGCCUUCGUCGAAGAUCGAAAAUUAUAUAAACUGGGAUUAAAAGGAUUUUAUGUCAAAGAUGACAAUGACAGUACAGGGGAAGAACAAGCAUCUGAGGAGGAGAACCAUUGUCCCAAUGUGAGAUUAAAGGUGAAUGCUAAUCAUGCCCUGGACCUGGAAGAAGUUGAAUUAGACUCUGAAGCUGAACUUAUGAAGAGCAUGGGAUUGCCUCUUCAGUUUGGUGGACAGUCAGCCCACAGGGACUUUGUGGAAACAGAAAAUUAUAGAAAGAAAAAUAACAUGAAGAUUAUGAAAAAGAAAAAGAAGACGAAGAAAAAAGAGUUACAGCAAAAACACAAGGAUAAAAUGGGGCAGGAGUGCCAGGAUGAAGCUUGUGGUGGUUUUAUCCAGUCUGUUUCUGGUGAGCUGGCCCUAGCUACAGAGCAAUUUGAGAUGAGCAGCAAACCUCAGGCUGUAAUUGAAGAGAACUGUGAAAGUUCAGAAAGCCUUGCAAGUGAGGCUUUAUCCAGUGGACUUAAGGAAAAAUGGGAGAAGUACUGGAAUGAGUAUGGAGAAGGCCUUCUUUGGCAAAGUUGGUUGGAAAAGCACCAGAAGGUCUCAUCAUAUGAGGGCAUCACAGCCUCUGAGCCUUGGAGUAGUCCAGAUACUAAGGAAGAAUGGGAGCAGCAUUAUAGUGAGCUGUACUGGUAUUACUGGGAACAGUUUCAGUACUGGACAAGUCAAGGAUGGACUACUGAGAGCUCACAUGGUGACAAGGUGGAAAUUAAUGGGGUUACACAGGAGACUGGAUUUUCAGGAGAAAUGGGCUUGGUUAGCCCGGGACCUGACCACAAUGAAGUGCUGAGCUUGGAGCUGUCUCCCUCCAACACCAGAAGUGAGGAAACGCUCCCUUCAAGUGCUGAGCCCCACAGUGAAAUAAUCUUUGGGAUUUGUAAUUUAAAUCUGAAUUUGGAGGAAGUGGAGCAGAGUAGUGCUGCUCUAACAGUAGCCCAUGAAGAUGCUGAAGAGCAGAGUUCAUCUGACAGUGGAAGCGAGAAGGAGCCCUGUGAUGGAGGAAGCAGAAAAAGGAGAGCAUCUUGUGAAAAUAAGAGUGUUAACCAGUCAGGUUUGCAGGAGUCAUGUAGCUCGAAUUCAAGUGAAAAAAAGCAGUUGCUGCUUCAUGACCAAGAUGAAGAUGAGGAUGAAGAGCCUCCUGAAUACAGAUGUGUCAAAGUCAAGAGAAGCCAUGAGCUGGAUAUGGAUGAGAACCCAGUGGAAGAUCCUGAGGAAACCUGCUCUGUGUUGGGUUUCAAGUGUGGCACAGGACAAAAGUAUGGUGGAAUUCCAAAUUUCACCCACCGAAGUGUGCAGUACUUGGAGAAAAAAGCAAAACUCAAGUCCAAAUUCUUGGAUAUGCGUAAACCAAGGAAAAGCAAAAACACACACAUCUUCUUUACAGAGGAAUCUGAAAUGACAUGCAAAAAAAGCAAAACUUUGAAGAAGGUGGAAAUGUUCCUGAAGCAGGUCAGUAAACCUGAGGAGGAAGCCACAUCCCAGACAGGCACCCCUCAGGGUAAAGCAGAGGCAUCGUCUGUGAGCAGCAGCGACUCAGAGGGUCAGGAGGGCAUUGCUGCCACACAGAGUGCGACGCUGGAUGCUGAAAUCCAGGAGCCACCAUCUUCCAGUGCAGCCUGCACAGAAGCUGGAGGGAGUAAGCUUGAGGAGGAGGUGCAGGACGCUGCGGCGAGUGGCUGCGAUGAGCAGGGGGCAGGCAGGCCCGAGCGUGGCGGUGGGCGGCAGCUUGUCCCUCUGGAUAUUCCUGAUUAUCUCCAGCCAGAGACAGAGAACAUCAGCCAAGCUGUGGAUGAAAAAAUUACUGUGAAGAAGAAGGAGACAAAAAGGAGGAGGAGGAAUAAAAAUGCACUGAGAACUAUACCUCCUGAAAUUGCUGCUGAUCCAGAGCUCCUCAAAUACUGGGCACAACGCUACCGGCUCUUCUCCCGGUUUGAUGAGGGAAUUAAACUAGACAGAGAGGGCUGGUUUUCUGUUACUCCUGAGAAAAUAGCUGAGCAUAUUGCCGUCCGCGUCAGUCAGUCGUUCAACUGCGACAUCAUAGUGGAUGCGUUCUGCGGGGUUGGAGGAAAUGCUAUUCAGUUUGCAUUGACCUCAAAAAGAGUGAUCGCCAUCGACAUCGAUCCCGAGAAGCUGUGCCUGGCGCGGCACAACGCCGAGGUGUACGGCGUGGCCGAGCACAUCGACUUCCUGUGCGGGGACUUCAUGGCGCUGGCGGCCGGCCUGCGCGCCGACGUGGUGUUCCUCAGCCCGCCCUGGGGCGGGCCCGACUACGCCACUGCCGAAAUCUUCGACAUCCAAACCAUGAUCUGCCCAGAUGGAUUUGAAAUUUUCAGGCUCUCCAAGAAGAUCACCAACAAUAUUGUGUAUUUUCUGCCUCGGAAUGCUGAUAUUAACCAGGUGGCUUCCUUAGCAGGGCCAGGAGGGAAAGUUGAAAUAGAACAAAAUUUUCUCAAUAACAAACUGAAGACAAUAACAGCUUAUUUUGGUGAUCUAAUAAGGCAUGACAUCUCCUGAACUCCUUGUGGAUUCUUCCAAACCCAUCCUCCCUAACUGCUGCUUUGCUUAAGCUUUUGUACAGCUGGCUGGUCAAAAAUGACUUAAAGCCAUUUUCUGCUUUAAUUUCAGUUUACAAAAAUUUCUUCUGUUUGUACUGUCAAUAAAUGUUUUAUAACAAUUUUGACAAAACUGUAAAUGUAGAAAAACUGUAAAUGUAUGAAGAAAGCUCUUUACAAAAUGCAGUCUUUCAAGGUUUGAGCACAGCCCAUGGAAGUGGGGUUCAGGAUUUCUUUGUAACUCUUACAUGUGCCACUUCUGUGCUUGCUCUGAUUUUGAGCACCCAGAGGGGCAAGAAAAAUGGCCUGAAAGCCACAGGAGCUGCUGUCUGUGCUUGAGAAGCAAAAGCAUCUGAACAUCAGGUGGGACUAGAGGGUCAGGUGCACCACAAGAGGUUAACCCCAGUCCACCUCUCUCGCUCCCUGUUCUCUGAGAAAUCUUUUCAGGUUUUCUUUACAGGAUGAAGGUUCACAUGUUAAUUCUACUGAGUGCUCUGGCUUGUUGCAGCUCAAAGAGAGAGCUGGGUGUGUUUGUGUCUGGAGGUGGGACCCUACCCUCUGGCUAUUGUCAUUUUAUUUUAUUUUUUAUCUGCCUGCCAUUCCU